AUGUCAGAACCAAGAGGCAUAUUGCGCAACAAAGACGAGAAACGCGAACGCAGAGAGCUGGCGGACGAGCUAGACAGGAAGGAAGUUAUUAGGAAUACUAUGCUCAAUGCCAAUUUGGCAAGCGAGUCGUCAAAGGGAGAUGAGAUUCGAGCCAAAAUCGCUAAAGCUAGAAAACUGAGUACCGGAAAUGGAGCAGACGGCAAUGGAAACAAUGAACACCUCAAAUGGGACGAAAUUAACUUGUAUAAAACCGAGCAAGAAAAGUGUGCUACGAUGAAGAUAGAUGAACCCAAGACUCCUUAUACUGGCGGGUUCAAUCCUGAUGGAGAAUACUACCAAGAGGACGAGAUAGAUAUUCCCGCCUUCAAUUUGGGGGAAUCCGAGCUCGACAAGCAAUCAGCUCCACAAGACUCUUUGAAUGGUGGGCUGAUAUAUGUUGAUCCGGAUCAAAAAUACGACGAGGAAGAAUCCGAUGACGAUAAGGAGGAAGAAUCGAAGCAAUUGACGGCGGAAGAAAGGCAUAAACGCUUUGAGGAGAAGCGUAAGCAGCAUUAUCACAUGAAGGCACUUCCAUUGAAACAGGGUGUGCAGUUGGACGAAGAGUAG